GGCAGGUGCAAAAAAUAAAAAACCAGUGGGCAGCGUGCGGUCUAAUAGGUGAACUAUAAAAUCCUUUUGCAAAAAAUGUGAUGGUCACACUGGCAUAGUUCUUAUCAAAAGCCGGGCGAAGAAGAAGAUCGAGUCCAAUAGCGAGAAUAAUAGUCGUUAAAUUGCAAUUAGUCAUUAAGUGGAAACACGUCUAGGGAGCCGUAUUCCGACCAGCUAUGCAGUGUUCUUGGAUAAUUGUUGCCUAUUUAGUGUUCAACAUCCUCCAGUUCCGGGUAUCCGCCACCCAAGAUGAAUUUUUUGGCGAACCCAGAGAAUACGGGGAAGAACCCUUGUUUGAGUAUGGAGCGGUUAAAAGACCCACUCCCACUAAGGGACUGCUGUACCCCAGGGACUCAGAGACACGCGAAGUGCGAAGCCUAGACGGCAUGUGGCACUUGGUGCAAAGCGACCCUGCAGAUCCCUUCCUGGGGAUCCGGGAAAAAUGGUACGCAAACCCCUUGAGGAAAACCGGAAGGGAGAUCAUUUUCAUGCCAGUUCCUGCCUCCUUCAACGACGUAACCACGGAUAACCUGCGAGAUCACGUGGGAACGGUGUGGUACGAACAAACUUUCUUUGUGCCCCGCUCUUGGGAGGGGAACCAAAGAACCUGGCUGCGCUUUGGCAGUGUCCACUACUCGGCCGUUGUGUGGAUCAAUGGAAGGAACGCCACCAGUCAUUCUAUUGGCCAUCUGCCCUUUGAGACGGAGAUCUCGAAACUGGUUAGCUUUGGCGAGGAAAACAGGGUAACUGUGAUGUGUGACAACCGCCUGGGCAACCGGACCGUCCCCCAGGGUUCCGUAUAUGAGGCAGCCACGGAUCGAGGGCCUGUACCUAUUCAGAGCUACACUUUCGAUUUUUUUAACUACGCCGGGAUUCACAGAAGCGUCCACCUGUUCACGACACCACUGCUCUAUAUUAGCGAUGUAAGGGUCACCACUCAACUUACCGACGAGGGAUUGGGUCGCAUAGACUACCGCUUGUGGGUGGAUGGCAGCCAGGAGGUCCAGCCCACCCAAAUUCUAGUACAGCUAAGGGACAGGGACGGGGAAGUGGCCGCCCAGCAGGUCAACAAAGCGGUCUACCAUGGAACUCUGCUGGUGCCCCAAGCCAAACCUUGGUGGCCCUACUUGAUGCACCCAGACCCCGGCUAUCUGUACGACCUCCAGUUCGAGCUCUUCGUGGCAAGCAACGAGGAUACAGUGACUGAUGCUCUACAGGAUGCCUAUCGACUGCCAGUGGGUAUUCGAAGUCUGAGUUGGAACAACGACAGCUUGCAGCUCAAUGGAAAACCGCUUUAUCUGCGAGGAUUUGGACGCCACGAGGACUCAGAUAUCCGCGGCAAGGGACUGGACAACGCUCUACUGGCGCGCGACUUCAACCUGCUCAAGUGGAUCGGCGCCAAUGCCUACCGCACCUCGCACUAUCCAUACUCCGAAGAGUCAAUGCAGUUCGCCGAUCAGCAUGGGAUUAUGAUCAUCGACGAGUGUCCUGCUGUCAACAUUGACAUUUUCGAGCCGCAGCUGCUCGAGCAUCACAUGUCCUCGCUGGAGCAGCUGGUCCACAGGGAUAGGAACCACCCAAGUGUCAUCGCCUGGUCGGUGGCUAAUGAGCCGAGAUCCAACAAGCAGGGAGCCCUCAAGUACUUUGAAUCCUUGGUGAACUACACAAGGGGCAUUGCCCACGGCCGCCCUCUCACAGCUGCGAUCAAUCAAAGCCCCUCUACCUGCCACUUGGCGCAGUUUCUGGACAUCGUCGGCUUUAAUCGCUACAACUCCUGGUAUCAAAACUCGGGGCGCACUGACAUGAUAGUAAAUCUGCUGACGAACGAGGCCCAGAGUUGGCGGGAUGCGUUCGGAAAGCCAGUCAUCCAGUUCGAGUACGGAGGUGAUACCAUGGAGGGCAUGCAUUCGCUUCCCGCCUUUAUUUGGUCCGAAGAAUACCAGGUAGAACUUUUUUCACAGCACUUUAAAGCCUUUGACGAGCUUCGUGCGAGGAAGUGGUUCAUUGGAGAAUUCGUGUGGAACUUUGCCGAUUUCCGGACAGCGCAGACCAUUACUCGCGUGGGCGGCAACAAGAAAGGCGUCUUCACCAGGAACCGGCAGCCCAAGCAAGUGGCCCACAUCCUGAGGUGGCGGUACUUUGCAAUAGCCCGGGAACUGGACCAGUGCAGCGUUCCAAAGGACCUUGCGGUGUACGUUUCCAAGAAUGUCCAUAACGAGCUUUAGACCACUGGAUUACACAAAUGCGCACAUUAUAAGCCUUAAUUGUCCAUAUUGCAUUUUGUGGAGGCCAAAAGGUUCAGUAUCCUUAGUGAAAUAACUAGUGAUAUGUCUAUAUAUUUAAUAUAAAACAAGUAAGGUUGAAAUCAUUAGCCUUAUGUGUAAGUACGCAAGGUCCGUGUAGUACUAAAGUGAUGGGUACACCCACGUCAUACCCCUUCCCUGAUGUCUUCAUUGGCUUUGCUUUGCCACGGUCAACUCGUGUUGGUUAAGACCUCUCGGCAGCAAACCUAAUUAACUCAUUUAGACCCUCUCAUAAAACCAUUUAUAUUUUA